UCCAAAUCGCCUGAUGCCUCUCUUCAGCCUGAAGCCUCUACUCAGCCUGAAGCCUCUACUCAGCCUGAAGCCUCUACUCAGCCUGAUGCCUGUACUCAGCCUGAAGCCUGUACUCAGCCUGAAGCCUCUACUCAGCCAGAUGCUUCUACCCAGCAUAAUGAACUGAUCCAGCCUGAUGAUCCUAUUAGGCCAGUUGACUCGAUGCCCGCUGUUGAUCCAGAUGAUCCGGUACCUGAUCCGGUGCCCGCUGUCGUGCCAAUUGACUCAGAGCCCGCUGUCGUACCUGGUGACUCGGUGCCCACUGCCUUGCCAGAUGACGCGGUGCCCGCUGGCGAGCCAAAUGACCUGAUGCCUGGUGACCCAGUGCCCGCUGUCAUACCUGGUGACCCGAUGCCCGCUGUCGAGCCAGACGAUCCAAUGCCAGACAACUCAGUGCCCGCAGUCUUGCCAGACGACUCGGUGCCCGCAGUCUUGCCAGACGACUCGGUGCCCGCAGUCUUGCCAGACGACUCGGUGCCCGCAGUCUUGCCAGACGACUCGGUGCCCGCAGUCUUGCCAGACGACUCGGUGCCC